UCGAGGUGAUAAGUUGCAAAUUUCUAGGCUAACCAAAACAAUGUGGGUGCUUCUCAUGUGGUGUGGUAGGAUGUCUUAAAAAGAAUAGGACAGUAAGAUGAGUAAUUUACUUUUUUUGAUUGCUUGAUCAGAUGGCCUUUGGACAAAUGCAUAACCAUAAAAGAUGGAUAAUUCAGAAUAUUGGUUAUUAGGGAGAAAGGUGAUAGAGAUCUCAUUUACGAUGAGCCACACAAUCUUUUCAAGAAAAUAAAGUUCUUAUGUGCUUUAUAUUAACUUGGUUUUUCUCUAAUGAUUUCUAUCUGUUUGUAUUGCAGGUUCUAAAAUAUAGUAAGCAUUGUAGAGUCUGUGACAAAUGCGUUGAUGGCUUUGAUCAUCAUUGCAGGUGGAUCAAUAACUGCAUAGGAAGAAAAAAUUACAAAAGGUUCUUCAUCCUCAUGGUGUUUGCUCUUCUCUUGCUUAUUCUGCAGUGGGCUGUUGGGAUGCUUGUGCUGAUACUGUGUUUUGUUGAGAGAAGGAGAUUUUCUGCUGAAAUUGUUUCAAAGCUGGGUAGUAGCUUUUCCUUGGCACCCUUUAUCAUUGUGGUGGCUGUGUGCACUUUAUUAGCCAUGGUUGCUACUCUUCCAGUUGCACAACUUUUCUUCUUCCAUAUUCUUUUAAUAAAAAAGGGAAUCAGCACCUAUGAUUACAUUAUUGCUUUGAGGAAGCAAGAUCAGGAGCAGGAGCAACUUGCUGUUGGUGGGCAGCAAAGUCCGCAAAUGUCCCAAGUGAGCGCUUUUACUGGACUAAGCAGCACCAGUUCUUUCAAUCAAUUCCAUCUUGGGUCAUGGUGUACUCCGCCAAGAUUAUUCCUUGAGGAUCAGUGGCGAGCGACAGCAACAACUCGGCAGGGGGUAGCAACCUUCGGCGACAGAUCUGACCAACUCCACCUUGCCGAAGGGGUUCUUCGAUCCAUCCGGCCAAAAAACAUAUGCCGCCUUCUCAACCGCCAGCCGCAACUCCCCCACUGCGCCCUCACCGAGAAGCACCCUGACGCCUCCUCCGCCGACGGCGAAGACGAUCCCCUCCACUUCUCUGUGACUCUUCAACAGUCUUUAUGCUGCCUAUGCUAG